CAAGCCGCUGCCCUGGAACAUGACCAAGAUGCCGAACCACCUGCACCACAGCACGCAGGCCAACGCCGUGCUGGCCAUGGAGCAGUUCGAGGGGCUGCUGGGCACCAACUGCAGCCCCGACCUGCUCUUCUUCCUGUGCGCCAUGUACGCGCCCAUCUGCACCAUCGACUUCCAGCACGAGCCCAUCAAGCCCUGCAAGUCCGUGUGCGAGCGCGCCCGCGCCGGCUGCGAGCCCGUGCUGGUCCGCUACGGCCACGCCUGGCCCGACAGCCUGGCCUGCGACGAGCUGCCCGUGUACGACCGCGGCGUGUGCAUCUCCCCGGAGGCCAUCGUCACCGCCGAGGGCGCGGAUUUCCCUAUGGAUUCUAAUAAUGGCAACUGUAGAGGGGCCGGCAUUGACCGCUGCAAGUGCAAGCCUGUAAAAGCCACCCAGAAGACUUAUCUACGCAACAACUACAACUAUGUCAUUCGGGCCAAAGUGAAGGAGGUGAAGACUAAAUGUCACGAUGUCACUGCAGUAGUGGAAGUAAAGGAGAUCCUGAAAUCUUCCCUAGUGAACAUUCCAAAGGACACUGUAAACCUUCACACGAAUUCUGGCUGCCUGUGCCCACUGCUCAGUGCCAAUGAAGAAUACAUCAUCAUGGGCUACGAGGACAAGGAGCGCUCCAGGUUACUCUUGGUGGAAGGCUCCAUAGCUGAGAAGUGGAAGGAACGUCUUGGUAAAAAAAUAAAGCGCUGGGAUCAGAAGCUGCGGCACCUGGGGAAGGGGAAGGCAGAGCCCGGGCACGGCGACUCGGCUGCGAGGCCCGGCAGCGCCCGGCAGGCGCGCAGCUGAAUGUGGCAUCUGCACGGGCACAUGCAGGGGACUGUCUACCCAGACUUCACUGCUGGAGCAGCCAAGGAGAAAUUGCACUAUUGCACGUUAUAUUCUAUUGUUUACUACGAAAUUAUGGUCUAGCUUUUAUUAGUUUUUGUUCUCCCUCUUGUUUUCCGCCUUUUUCUUUUUGGAUAUGUGCAAGUUCUGGAAAUGUUUUUUUUUUUUUUUUUUUUCUGUUAC